AUGGCCAAAGAUGACUCGACCAUUCAUUGCUUCCAGGGCCUGCUGAUUUUUGGAAAUGUGAUUGUUGGUAUGUGUGGCAUCGCCCUGACCGCAGAGUGCAUCUUCUUCGUAUCCGACCAGCACAGCCUCUACGCGCUGCUUGAAGCCACUGACAAUGAUGACAUCUAUGGGGCAGCCUGGAUUGGAAUGUUUGUCGGCAUCUGCCUCUUCUGCCUGUCUGUUCUAGGCAUUGUAGGCAUCAUGAAAUCCAACAGGAAAAUUCUUCUGGCGUAUUUCAUUCUGAUGUUUAUAGUAUAUGGCUUUGAAGUGGCGUCUUGUAUCACAGCAGCAACACAACGAGACUUUCUCACACCCAACCUCUUCCUGAAGCAGAUGCUGGAGAGGUACCAAAACAAUAGCCCUCCAAACAAUGAUGACCAAUGGAAAAAUAAUGGAGUCACCAAGACCUGGGACAGACUCAUGCUCCAGGACCAUUGCUGUGGUGUAAAUGGUCCAUCAGACUGGCAGAAAUAUACAUCUGCCUUCCGGACUGAGAAUAAUGAUGCCGACUAUCCCUGGCCUCGCCAGUGCUGUGUGGUGAACAAUCUUAAAGAACCUCUCAACCUGGAGGCUUGCAAACUAGGAGUGCCUGGUUACUAUCACAAGCAGGGAUGCUAUGAGCUCAUCUCUGGACCGAUGAACCGACACGCCUGGGGGGUGGCCUGGUUUGGAUUUGCCAUUCUCUGCUGGACUUUUUGGGUUCUCCUGGGUACCAUGUUCUACUGGAGCAGAACUGAAUAUUAA